UGUAAAGUGUAAAGUGCGUUCACUCACUCACUGAGUAGUGAGAGUACGGACGGAGUACUCCAAUACUUGCUGUACGGAUCGGCUGAUUAUUGCCUGCGAGGAACUUAGUCAGGACGGCGGUAGUCACAGUACAAACUGCUUCCUCGGCCCAUCACGGGAUCGGAAGCGGUCUUUUCCCCCCACCAUGGCACGUGACCGUCUUCCCCCGGGAAUCGCAGAGAGUCUCCGCAACUUGGAACAACUUUCCCCGAAGGAGUCAUUCGCUGCUGCUGCUGCUGGUUGUCCAGCCCAGUCCGCGUCCAGAGCUUACUUACUUCCCUCUGCCCGCAUCUUUCCUUUCCCACUCUCUCUUCCUCUCUCUUUUCCCCUCCCUCCAUCUUUCUUCUUCUUCUCCUUCCUUCUUCCCCCUUUCCCCAGACUGCUCGUGUGCUCACCUAUAACCAUCUAUAUCUUCAAAAAAAGUUUCAGUUUUUUUUCCCAUUGGGUUCUUGUGUCCGUCAAUCCCGAGUCACCUUCCCACCCUGAGAUCCCACUCCGGGGCCUCUUACCGCCCGCCGUUCCGGAGCUCGCCUGCGAGACGGAGGGGACUACCCCAACCUCGCUGUUGACUUGCGAGAGUUUGUUUCUCAUCACAUUGGUUUUGACCAGCGCAAUUCCAGGCCGUCCGGCCUGAUACCCUCAACAUCAUGUGGAAGCCGUCGGAGAGACUGAUGGACACCAUCAGACACUAUGCCAGCUUCCCAGCUACCGGCGUCUCUCUCCGACAAAUGGUUCAAUUUGGAGACAGACCAUCAGUUGGCACUCUGUUCCGAGCGUCACAAUUC